AGCCCCGAAAGAGGCAAGUUUGUCAGAAGCGACUUGCGAGUCGUUCACUGCAGGGGAAACGUUCCAUCAUUUCACAUUCGUCCUCUUCAAUACGAUAAUCGAGUCCAACAGCCUCAAAUUGAUUAGCAUCCCAUCUCAGCAGUUUCAAAACAGAUUGGCAAAUGACUGGACCUUUUGACGCAGUAAGAGCAUUAGCUUCUUUAGCUUUACUGGUGGCCGUGCUGUCAUCCUCUCGCUCUGUCAAUAGCCAAGUCUUCCGGACGAGAGAUGCCAUCAUCAUCGAAGGCAGAAGCGACUGGUACCCGUACGCCGAUUUAGCUGGCCACAGUCCAAUGUUGAGUGAACGAUCGUGUUUUACGAGAGACGGAAAUCUCGGCUACUGCACGUCCGUCCGCUCUUGCUACCCGACGCUGGCAUUGCCGCCAUUGCAUCAAGCGGAAACGUGGGCCAUUCUCAGCAGUGGCACCUGUCACUACGCCAGGGACGACGGCUUUCAGGUUUACGGCGUGUGCUGCUUGAAAUUAGCCACCAGACACGAUCCCGAUCAUGACGACGACGACGGUCGAGAUGCCGACGGUUCAUACGGAUCGAUCCAGCUGGUGCUGCCGCUGAAUCGCUACACCAGCCAGUUGCUGCAGCCGCUCAACUUUCAACGGCCGUCGCGUAGGAAACCUGGCGACGUCGCGUCGACCAGCGUCGAUGCGGACAAGAACAUGCCCGGUUUCAAGCAAUCGCUCACCUGCGGCACCGGGCCCAUAAAGACGCUGACCUACGACGAGCAGCGCCUGUUUGGACCGAGCGAAGCCGACAAAAAUUCUUGGCCAGGCACCGUGUCGCUGAGAUUCAACGGCAAAUUCCUGUGCGGUGGAUCGCUGAUUGGGCCGACUCAAAUUCUGACGGCUGCCCACUGCGUCGACAACGUGUCGUGGGGCGCAGUUUCUCAGUUGAGCGUCGAGCUGGGCAUGCACGUGCUCAACCCAAGCGACGCCGAGAUGAAAAAACCAGUGCGUCGAAUCAUCAUUCACAGAGGAUGGAGCAGAAGCACUAAAUACAACGAUAUCGCCAUUCUCAUUCUGGCUUCGCCCGUCGUUUAUACGACCACCGUUUCGCCCGUCUGUUUGCCACAACAGGGUUCCACCAACGACCAGGAGUUCAUCAAAGAGGCGUCCUCCGUCGGAUGGGGAACAAUCAGAGAAGGUGUGUUUUUCUCGUCGACUGCCCUUCAGCACACGACCGUUAAGAUAUUAGACAACUCGCAAUGCAAAGAAAGUUAUCCGAACAUCAUCGGCAGCAUGCUGUGCGCUAUCGCACCCGAGAGCAACACUUGCCAGAGUGACAGCGGCGGUCCGUUGUACAACCGAACGUCACCAGAUGCACCUUGGGUACAGCUGGGCAUCGUCAGUCAUGGAAUCGGGUGUGCCAGACCAGGAUAUCCGGUUGUCUACACCAGGGUGUCGAAUUACAGGACGUGGAUCAGGCUCCUUUCGAGAGUUUGAUCACGAAAUCGGCCCAUCACUGCCCCGUCCCUUCACCCCAUCAAAUUCUCACGCCACCAAACGCGUUGCUUCUUCCCGGGCAACAAGGGAGAAAACAAGGAAAAUAUUAUUUGGGGAUCAAUCGUGUUUCUCUUCAUUUGACCAUUUGUUUCCUAUAUGCUAUAAUAAAUGCAACGAUAUUUAAAGCUGA